AUGUAUGGUAAUAUCGUUCCGCUAACAACGGUCGGUACUACACAAGUACUACCUGGUAAUGUUUUACCAACAAAUAAUGUUGGAAAUAAUGAUUUAGUUAUAAUACAAGAUACAACAACAGCAACAAGUCAAGCUGAAUUAAUUAAUCAAUUACAAAAUCAUAUAACUGAAAAUCAACAAAUAUUAAUUAUUACAGAUGAUCAAGGACAAGAUCAAUAUGUUAUUAUUGAUAAAGAUCAAGAUAUAAAUGCACUUUUACAAGAUGGUUCUUUAUUUUCACAUUAUGCUGAACAGCAAGUUGCUCAAGUACCUGCUGGUUUACAACAACAAAUAUUACAAAUUGCUUCAAUGCCUACCAUUCAAACAACUCAUGUUCCAUCUGCUGUAUCAACACCUGUACCUAUUCAACCUAAACCAACACCAAAACCCAUAGCACCUGCAACAAUGAAUCCAUCAAUUGUGCAGCAUAAACAAUCAUUUCAAAGCAAAGUCAAUGCCAAUGCUUUUCAUGUACAAAAUGUUGAAGAAUCUGUCCAACGUGUCACAGCUCCGCCACCGAAGAGAAAACCAAUCGAAAUUCGUUAUGAUCCAAAAGAGAAUUCAUUUCAAAAUGCAUUUUUAAAAUUUCUCGCUGGAGAAAAAAUGCCAUCAUUAGAAGCUUUAGCUAGUGAAUCUAUUUUACGUAAACCAAAAGAUAAUGUUUAUAUUGGUGCAGUUAAUGCUGGAAUUGUUUUAAGUUCUCUCGGACCACCAACAGGUAGUAUGGGUUAUCAAACUUAUAUGGUUAAUGAUGAAUCACGUAUUGAAGAAAUUAUGGUCAUUGGUCGACCAUUGUAUGAUGAUAGUAAAGGAGUUAAAAUAAAUCCAUUAUUAAAAAAUCUUCCAACAACAAUGAAUCAUCAAACAACAACUUUUCUACCUCAAACUAUAACUCUAACACCAAAUUCUCAACAACAAAAUAUAAAUACCAUCAAUGGUGUAUUUCGUAAUACACAAUCAGAUAUUCUUAAUAAUGUUACAACAAUGACAUUACCACAGCAUAUUAUUGAUCAAUUAGGUGCUGGAACACUUACAGUAACACAGCCAUCAGAUGGUGCGGAAGGUAUUGAAUCAGCGACAGCAAAUGCAGCUGCAAUACUUAGUCAAUUAAAUGAAAUGGUACAAGGACAACAGCAACAAACAAAUCAAAAUUCAACAAAUUAUCUUUCGAAUGAAUUACUUGCUACAACUGAUCUUAAUCGAGUACAAAGUGAAAAAGAAACAGCUGAUGCACUUUUAGCUGUUGCAAUAUCAAAAACAAAUUUUGGCACAACAAAUUCCAAUAUGAAUACAACUAAUGAAGGAAUUUAUUCACCAAAUACUGCAAACUCAUCAUCAUAUAUGAAUAUUGAUCGUCCAUCUCUAGCAGCUGCUGCUUUAUAUGAUCUUAAACAUGAACAAUUACAAAUAGCAAAUGCUGCACUACAACAACAAGCAAUUAGUGAACGAAACCAACAAGAAACAUCUACUGAUAAUAAACGACAAGAAGCUACAAAUGUUUCAACAGCCGAUAAUCAAUCAGUGACAACUACUGCUGGUACACAGCAAUUUACCGAAGAAGUAACAGAAAUGGGUCCAGAAAUUCCAUUUGAAAUUGGCCAAUUUUUACUUUAUAAAGGACAUUUUCUGAAUCUACUUCAUUUUCCUAUAUGGAAAGUACAUACCAAAACAUUGCUACUUAAAUAUGAUACAGUACUUGCUGAUUCAGAAAUUGCUUGGGAAGCUACAGAUGAAGGAAUGUUUUAUACGAAUGUCUAUGAAGAUUAUGUUCCUCUUAAAUGUGAAUUAAAAGGUUUACAUAAUAAUCAAGAAGUAGUUCGUAUUGUUAAUGAAUCCCAUCCAAUUAAACUUAAAAUUCAUGGUCAUAUGAGUUCAGUACGUAUUCAACAUGAUGUUUAUGCUCAAGUACUUGUUAAUCAUGUUUAUGAUGCUGAUGUAUUACCAAGAAUUAAAGCAAAUACUGACGAUUAUGCUUCAUAUAUUCGAUUGAUUGAUGAAAUGCUUGAUCAACGUUAUAAUUAUGUUAUUCAAUCAAGACGUACGAUAGAAACUUUUCCGUGUGCAGUUGCAAAAUACCCAUUGCUUGAUAUUAUCAAUCAACCGCAAAGACAUUUACAUUGUCAAGUUACGGAAGAUAAAUCUCAAUCAGUUUCACAUACAUUACGUUUUCAUGGAAAUCAAUAUGAUGGAGAUACAUUAAAAGCAAGCGAUACUCCAUUACAAAUAUUGGAAAUAUUUGUAUGUGAAACUAUUGCUGCCUUAGCUCAAACCGCUCAUCAACUUAAACAUCAUGUUUAUCAUAUGUUUUGUCAUGCUCAACAAAAAGUUGCUGAAUUACAAGCCUUGAAUCCAACAGCUGAUGCCACAGAAUUAAUUAGUGCGAUUUGUGGUGAUUCCGCAUGGUUACAAGAAUUAUUCGAUCGUUUUGAUUCCAUAAUGCAACAAGCAGAUUUAUAUAUUUUUUCAAACGUUGAAAUAGCUUGGUGA